GCUCUUUACAAGGAAUCUUUGAAACUUCUUUACAACCAAACCGGCGUUUUUAUACAAAUCUAACAGUGUAAACGACGCUAUUUAUACGCACCAAAACGCCGUGAAAUACGGCGUGUUUUUACGCGGUUGUUGAGACGUUUUCUAAAUUACCGCGGCGAUAUGACAGUUUAGAAUGCAGAACACGCUGAGUGCAUAAAUCUGAGCCGUUUGUUUUUCUUGUCCUGUAGCUUCGUAAGAGUCAAACUGAGUGUUGACACGUUAAAACUUUGACGCGUUUCGUUUUUAGGUUUUUGUCCCUUAUGGCCGCUCUUACAUCAGCUCUUCUAGUGAUGCGCUUAUAUCAGAGACGCGCUCGUGCGCUCGCGACAGACUCGAGUUUGCUGCUGGCAGGACUGACGCGUCGGUGUUUGUGUAGUUCAGCGGCUGGUGGGGCGUCCAUGGCAGAGGAACCUUUAGUCACCGCAGGGAAUAACUUCCCACUGGAUUACAGGCAAGAGCAAGAUGUUACGUGUUCCAGACGGGACUCUCAUGGGUGCUUUGUGAACCCCUGGACAACAUGGCAGUUCCCCUCCUACAGCACCAUCGCUCGCCUGUUCCUCACAGAGAAGAACAACAGUAAUGUUCCCAGUGCCAAAGAGGUUCUUGACCGUGAGUUGCCGAUUCAGGAGCCAUAUUUCGUGCAGAGGCCAGACCAGUGUGGGCAGACAGGCCCAUCUGUGAGAGCGACCUGGCUGGGUCAUGCCACUGUACUGGUGGAGAUGGAAGGACUGGUGUUUCUGACUGACCCCAUGUUCAGCCAGAGAGCCUCUCCAGUGGCAUUCAUGGGCCCAAAGCGUUACCGUGACCCGCCUUGCACCAUAGAACAGCUUCCUCGCCUGGACGCAGUGGUGAUCAGUCACACACACUACGAUCACCUCGACGCAGACUCUGUGGCAGCUCUGAACGCUCGCUUCGGUUCCAGUUUGCGCUGGUUUGUGCCGCUCGGGUUGGCCGAAUGGAUGCAGAAGACAGGCUGUGAGAAUGUCACAGAGCUGGACUGGUGGGUAGGAAGCCGCAUUCCCGGGCACGACAAUGUCACAUUCUUUUGCACACCAGCACAGCACUGGUGCAAACGCACUCCUGUGGAUGACAACAAAGCAUUAUGGGGAAGCUGGACAGUCGUAGGCCCUUAUUGUCGUUUCUUCUUCACUGGAGAUACGGGAUACUGUUCGGCAUUUAAAGAGAUUGGAAAACGCUUCGGACCAUUCGACCUGGCUGCCAUCCCGAUUGGAGCAUACCUGCCCAGAGGAAUCAUGAAGUCUCAGCAUGUGGACCCUGAAGAGGCUGUUCAGAUUCACAUGGACAUUCAGGCCAAAACAUCGCUGGCCAUUCACUGGGGGACGUUUGCUUUAGCCUAUGAGCAUUAUCUUGACCCUCCAGCACGUUUGCGUGAGGCUAUGGUGAAUCAUGGAUUGAAUCCAGAUCUGUUCUUCAUUCUUCAUCACGGAGAGUCACAGAAGAUCAACCACAAAGACACACACUAAACAGAAACCCAGGAAGUAUGCAGACACAUAUAUAUGAUGAUGCUUUACACAGGCUGCAUUUUUAUAAAUUAUUUUACAGCUGCAGAUUGUGCUGAUCCAGUGGCUGGACUCUGGAUUUAAUGCAAUACGAAUGUUAAAAAAUGUAUUAGAUUUCUAUAUUGAUUUAAUAUAAUUUGUCACUUAAAAUAUCAUGCUGUGACCAUAAUAAAAGAACAUCUG